GAACCUUCUCUCCACCGGUCACCAUGACGUUUAUGCCCCCACAGGGUUACCAGUCUGUCUGCAACCUUUGCAUCCCCUAUCUGGGCCCUAUCAAUGGAGGACUGAGGCCAGGAAUGUCCAUCUACAUGCAGGGGCAUCUCCCUCAUCACAUGAAAAGGUUUUUCUGCAAUUUGCAGUGUGGGGAGAUGGAGGGCUCUGACAUCGCCUUACACAUAAACCCUCGAUUCGAUGGAUGGGACAAGGUGGUCUUCAACAGCUUUCAGAGUGGGACAUGGCAAGAGGAGAAGAUCGUCCAUAUGAUGCCAUUUCACAAGGGGAAGGCCUUUGAACUGAUCAUCAUCGUGAACACUGAGGGAUACCAGGUGAACAUUAAUGGCUCCGAGUUCUACUUCUUCUACCAUCGCUUGCCUGUUGAGAUGGUGUGUUUCCUGAACAUUGGAGAAGAGGUCACCAUCCAGACACUCAACAUCAUUGGGGGAGGUGUACAGGGAUUUCCUGGAGGAAUGGGGGGGGGGUACCCAGCCGGAGGAAUGGGGGGGGUGUACCCAGCUGGAGGAAUGGGGGGGGUGUACCCAGCUGGAGGAAUGGGCGGUAUGGGGGUGGGUAUGCCAGGCCUCCCAGGGAUGGGAGGGCAGAUGGGCUACCCUGGAGGCAACCUGCCGAUGAUGGCGAGUUUGCCAGUCUAUCACCCGUCUGUCCCAUACUUAGACUUCAUUCCGGGUGGCUUGACCCACAAACGGACCAUCAUCAUCAGAGGCAUGGUGCCCUAUGGAGCCAAUAGGUUCACCAUUAACUUCAAGGUGGCUGGGUCUGAUGACAUCGCCUUCCACCUGACCCCCUGCAUGAUGGAGGGGGUGGUGAUGCGAAACAGCUACAUGGGAGGCUAUUGGGGGGAGCAGGAGAAUGAACUCAGUUGCUGCCCCUUCCAGCAAGGACAGUACUUUGAAAUCUCCAUACGAUGUGGUAUUCGGCGUUACAAGGUCUAUGUGAAUGGACAGCACCUGUGCAACUUCACCCACCGCAUCCAUCCAUUUGGAAAGGUUGACCGGCUGGAGGUCAUUGGGGACGUGCAGCUCUCCUACAUCCACUUCUGAGAUUGAAACACUGCCCCCUGCUGGUUGGAGAUCCCAUCUCAUGGCCUAAUGCUCCUGCCAAAGCCUCGAAUGAUGCUUCAGUCAGUCAUCUACCAAAGUAUAGGUUAUACUAAUUAUACAACUUGAAUAAACCUUGAAUAACA